ACAGGAUUCUAUUUCGCAGAACCGUCACGCAUUGUGCAUGAUACUACACGACGAGGGUUUAGGCAGAACAUAUCCCCUCCGGUCAUUUCAUAAUAAGCUGAGUUUGUGACUCCUUACGAAUAUAAACUGAAUGGCGGGAAGUGCUUGGACGGUUUUGGUUUGAACUCGUUGACUGAUUUCAACGGCGAAGCAAGCCACUUCAAGUUGGUUGUAUUGAGCACGAAGUUAUGGAUCUCAUCUUCCACGUCCUUCUGGUCAUUAGGGAUAGUUGUGCCCGUACUUGUGCUGAUACACCAAAAAUACUGGUCACUCUACUACUAUGGUGGGUCAAAUUAACCUUUGUAAUAUCAUGCUUGCUAACUGUGACGCGCUCGCGAGGGUUAAUACACAUGGCAUCUCCCAUUCAAAGGUUUAGCCAACGGCGCUGUAGGCACAAACUAAGGGUUCAUCGUAGAAUUCAGAUAUCUACAGGCAUUGCAGAACGGUUCUUCCUACUAUCGCCAUAAAGAACAGUAUUCAGCACAUAAAACGAAGGUGUCUUCAAGUUCAUACUGCAUGUAACGAAUCUAACGAUCCCAGAUCACAUCCCCACAAACGUUGAUGUGUUUCUCCCUUGUCCUGUGUUCCUGGAUGAUACUCGAGUUUGGACUCCUUCAUAGGGCAGUCUGAAGGAACCACCGUCUGACUAAUCUGACAAGAAAAGGAUGGAGGUUCCCCGCGCUUUGUAUGGGUACGUCGGGCAUAUUCACAUUAACACCAGUGUUAAAUUCGCAUUCCACCCAACUUCUGACAAGUAACCACUGCUGCUUUCGUGCUGGAUCAACGCAUCAGCAAACGAGCAUGACAAAGUGUCAUUCAAUUUGUGUAAAAUUUCAUUGUAUCGAUAUCAUUAAUGACCGACU